AUGCUCACCAACGAAGCGCUCCCCACAACAUCGGCAACGGUCACUCUACGCAUAAUCAAGUCGUUUGAGUUUCGUACGGAGCGGAGUCUAGUUUUGCAUAGCGUAAAUCUCGAAACGACCACUGUCGGCCAGCUGAAAGAGAUGGCGCGGGGAGCCGUGACAACCGAACGGGCAUGGAGGCCAUAUCAUAGCAUCGCCGCGUCUCUGGAUACGCUGAAAUUAUACUCUCAUGCCCAUGGCGCCAAGACCACAAAUCUCAUCAUAAAUCUUGACCACGACGACUGGAUAUUUGACGACGACAGCAAGCUGCUGGUUGACCUUGGUUUCGAAAACGAGACGGAAGUGAGCUUCUUCAACUACGAGGACUAUACCCGCUUCAAGGCAAAUCCAGAAACUCGCUGGGAUGCUUAG